GUCACGUGUCCACCAGGAGGCUCCGUAUGGAAAACAGUUUUGGAUGAAACACGUUAUGCUCUAAUAAUAAUACAAUUCACGUUUCUAUUCUUACCGGACGCGUGUUCCCGGCGCGCGGAGGGAGGCCGGCUGUCUGCGGAGAGGAGCUUAUAAACCCGCCGGGCAGAAUGGAGACCUGCUGGAUGUCCACGGAAUGUAUCUCCCCACACGAAGCCAAACGACUGCUGCUCUAUUCUUCUAGCACAUAGGGUCUACCUCUACCCCCAGUGUCGUUCACCCGAGUCAACCCUGAAGGUCCGGCUCUGUUUUUAACAUAUAUCCACUGUUAUAACCAGGUAAUAAGCAGCUGGUUUCCCCCUGUGGUUAGUGAGUAAGCUACAAGUUAAACUCGAAGGACAUGUCUGGGAUCCAGUUGUGAGUCUUCCUGUUUUUUUUGUGGACAACGGACUCACGUUUUCCGCCAACAUGAAAUCGCCCCUGGCUCCUGGAAUACGACUCCUCACGUCGUUUUCUCGGGACAGCUGUUAUCGCACUUUUAUUCUUUUCCUCACCUUCCUCUUCUACACCUCCUACCAUCUGUCACGGAAACCUAUCAGCAUUGUAAAGAGUGAGUUGCACAGAAAUUGUUCCACAGUCAUUCGACCUACAGACCUCAACAUAACCAACAAUGCUACCUGGUGUGACUGGGCUCCCUUUGACCAAGACAACUAUAAGGCACUGUUUGGGAUCUUGGAUAAUUGUUUCCUGGUUACCUAUGCCAUCGGCAUGUUUUUCAGUGGAAUAUUUGGAGAGCGCCUGCCCCUGCGGUACUACCUGAGCGUUGGGAUGCUGCUGAGUGGAUUGUUCACGUGUCUGUUUGGCCUUGGUUUCUACUUGAAAAUCCACUCAUUGUGGUACUAUGCCAUCAUCCAGGUGAUGAACGGGCUCGUGCAGACCACUGGUUGGCCGGCAGUGGUGGCCUGUGUCGGCAACUGGUUUGGAAAGGGGAAACGUGGAUUCAUCAUGGGAGUGUGGAACUCUCACACCUCAGUGGGAAACAUCUUGGGCUCCCUCAUCGCUGGAGUCUUUGUCUCGUCAGCCUGGGGAAUGUCCUUCAUUGUCCCGGGCAUCAUCAUCGCCUGCACUGGGGUCCUGUGCUUCUUCUUCCUGGUUGAGAAACCUGAAGACAUUAACUGCACUCCUCCUCAGCACCAUAGUGAUCAGGACAGCGGGGAAGUGGAACCGCUCUUGCAGAACUCGCCCCGAACAGUCAACGGGUCCAUCUCCAGCGAGCCUCCAGCGAUUGUUGAGGAUCACACUGAGGCUAUUAGCUUCUGUGCAGCUCUCAGUAUACCUGGAGUGAUGGAGUUUUCUCUUUGUCUGUUGUUUGCCAAACUGGUCAGCUACACUUUCCUGUACUGGCUUCCUCUAUACAUCUCAAACGUUGCACAUUUCGAUGCAAAAGAGGCAGGAGACAUGUCCACACUGUUUGAUGUUGGAGGAAUUGUGGGAGGCAUCAUGGCAGGCGUUGUGUCUGACUACACCGGUGGAAGAGCUACAACCUGCUACGUGAUGUUGAUAGCUGCCGCCCCCAUGCUUUUCCUCUAUAAUAACAUUGGACAAAGGAACCUCGGUACUACAGUUGCUAUGCUGCUGGUGUGUGGAGGCCUGGUGAACGGACCAUACGCACUCAUCACCACAGCUGUAUCUGCAGACCUGGGAACCCAUGAGAGUCUGAGAGGAAACUCCAGGGCCUUGUCGACAGUCACAGCGAUUAUAGACGGGACUGGUUCAAUAGGAGCUGCACUGGGUCCUCUGUUAGCCGGUCUGAUUUCCCCCUAUGGCUGGAACAACGUCUUCUACAUGCUCAUCUCUGCCGAUGUCCUGGCCUGCCUGUUUUUGUCCAGGCUUGUUUACAAAGAGGCUCAGGGUUGGUGCAGACGAGCUCCCCGGGUCAGAGGGUUCAAAGAAAUCUGAACUACGCACACAAACAAACCAGGAACCAAACACACAAAGAGGGAAACAAAGCUUAUGCUGAUCUGGUACAGUGGACAAACGUCUUUCCAUUGAAGAAGUCAUCAGUGGAAAGUUCGAACAGACGAUUGAGGCCUUCUUCUUAUUGUCUAAUAAAAGACAGUACUUUUUUAUGACUAAUCCACUAAUUCUGACUUGUUUUCAUAUUCUUUUAUCAUUAAAAUGUAUAUAUUGUGCCUUUUCUUAA